UCACACGGUUCCGGGUCAUUACAAUCAGAGUACUGAUCGAUACAAGGUGAUAAGAAUGCUUUAUGUUACUGUCAAAGACGACCCAACAACAACAAAUGGUACGGUUUCGUUUAGGAUGGAAGGAGAGAUUUACACCGUUGGAGGAAGUGGGGAAUGGAGAAGGAUCGGAGAGGUACCGUACCCACUUCGAGCGAGAGAAUCGGAGGCGUAUUUGAAUGGGGUUCUUCACUGGUUGAUGACUGAUCAAGAUAUCGGAAUUGAAACUUGUGAGUUCAUUGGUGCUUUUGAUGUUGCUAGUGAGGAAUUUCGAUCGCUUCCACCACCACAGACUCAAUUCAGUUCAGAGAGCCGGACCUCUUUGCGGCGAUUGAAUUUGAAUUUGGGGGUUUUGGGUGAUGAAUUAUGCAUUUUCGACAAUUAUUUCAGUGAUCGAAUGGAGAUAUGGAUGAUGAAGGAUUAUGAGGUACAGAGUUCUUGGACCAAACAGUACGUUAUCAAGCGACCCAGGAGCUUGGAGGUGCAGCAGGAUACGAGAGUCUAUUUUAAACCAUUGGCAUUGAAGCUUACCCACAAUGGUGAAAUUCUGAUGCUGUAUGACUCUGUUGCCAUUGUUUGUUACAACCCAGUUGGAAAAUUUUUCUAUCACCUCGGACUUUUUGGGUUUCCGGUUGCUACUAAUGUCUGUAAAGCAAUUGUUCAUGUUGGAAGCCUAGUUUCACUUAGGAAUGUUGCAGCUAAUGAAGGUGAAAAUAGCAGCAACACUGCUGUGGAUAAAAGUGUAAAGAGAGUUGAUGUGGUCGAUGAAAGUGCAGAGAGCAGGAAGAUCAGUGACAUUCCAUAUGGGACAUGGGACACUAUCUUGUAUCCAAUUCCUACCCAUGAACCAAAACUGGACAUCUGCAAGUGGUUAGCAGAGAAAGGAGUAGCUCUUCACAUAGGUCGACUUGAUCGCCCUGCAGUUCCACGUUAGAGGUUGCUGCAGAAAAUAGUGGAUGUUUGGGUUUAAUUCAGAGCUAUGCUUUUAAGAUCUUGCUAUUUUGCUUUCACAUCUGGGUACUUUAAUUUCCAUUUUGGAGUUUUAAUGCUGACUUAAUACUCUUUCAAUUCCAUUAUACUUUUACUUGUU